GUAGUCGCAAGUGUCUGGUGAAAAAUUGUGUAGUGAAAAAGUGCGUGUCCUUUUUCUUGUCCAAAAAUCAGUGGAAAAAGUGAAGCAAUUGCCCAAAAACAUUGCAAAACUCAGAGAUAAGUGUUCAGUGAUUGGUGAAAUGUAGAAAUUUGGGUAGAAGUUGGAGUUUAAAGGGUGUUUUUCACAUGGCAAAUUUGAGGGGGUGGCAUAGAAAAUGAGUUUCCGUGGUAAUUUAUGGGCGCUCCCCUGUCUGGAUGCAAAAUGGCUCAAUGUGGACCUAAUUGGUGCCCUGAGGAGCACAGAGGAAACUGCUGUGCUGUACAAUCACCUGCUGCAGGACAAUGAGCUAACUUCAACUUCUUUUAAGGGUGUGGAAAAUGACGCCGGAAAUAUGGCCUACGUCAGCGAUGUCGGGAAGUUUUUCUGUGGCGUUGAGAAGACUUCGUGCUCUUGCUGUCCUGGCUAUUGCCUGGCCAAUUCAUGUGGAUGCAAUUCAUGCCAGAGACUCAGUGCAGAUGCAGCUGGGGCGGCUGCCAAAAAAUUCUUCACGGACAACCAAAUGCCCAGUCCAUAUUCCUCGGAAAAUCUCAUUGAAUCCUGGCUAUGGGACACAAUUCCCAGCAAAGAACGCAAAUCCACAGCCAGAAAAUCCCUGUUGAAUGAACAAAGGGACAUUUCCCUUCAAGCUGCCGGAAGUUGUCUCUCGGCCAUUCAUCUGAGACAGAGACUUCUCAUCUACCAUCGCUACUUCAUUGCCCUGUCCAGGACAAAACCACCCACAAAGAGUGACAACAGUACACCAAAGAAUGCCGAAAUGAAGCUGCAGAAAUUCACAAGUGUCGAAACGACAAAUCGCCUGGAGAUUGAUCGAACAGUCCUGGGAUUGGGAUUGGCCAGGGUGGGCACAAGAGCAGCCCUCAAUUUCUCCUUUGCUUUCCUCCGACGCGCUUGGCGUUCGGGAGAGGACACAGAACUGUGCAGUGAACUUCUAACAGAAGCCCUGGAAUCCCUUCAUGGCCUCCCAGAAGCAUCCCUCUUCAACAGCGGUGAGAUUUCUCCGCUGUGGAUUGAAGUCCUCGAGAGAUCAAUCAAGUUCCUUCGGCAAGUUGUUCUCGGUGAUAUCAUGGGGACUCGCUGCAAUGUUCCCCGUGAAGAUCGUCACACAGCUCUCAAUCUUCUCCUGGAAUUGGGCAUUCAAAAGGGAAAUCUCGGAUCUGCCCUCGAGGGAGUCCUCUUGCUACUCAAUCUCUGGGAAAAGGACAAAGAUACGGAAGACAAUAGAGUUUUGCCAAAGAAUCAUGGAGCCCCUCUUGUGGCCAUCCUCAAGAGAUUCGAGAAAAUCAACCAAAACUACGGAUCGCCUUUUCUAGGAGAAAACAACUCCACCAAUCCGACCGAGUCCUUCCUGCGCUUUCUCACCCUUCCUGAAUCUGACACUGAUUUGAUUGACUUGAAGCAGGCAGCAGUAGUUAUUAUCAGUCAUUUGGAUCGUUUGGCCAAGCCUCAUUUGGCCAGUGGAAGUUUUGCCACAAAGACUUCCUCAUCAUCAUCAUCAUCAUCCUCACCAUCGGCACCGGGUCAGCAAGUAUUUACACUUGGUUGGCUAUCGCUCAACUGUGACAACUAUGGGUACUCAAGGGAUUUGUGUACGAAUCAGGGCACAUGUGUUAUGGGUCAACAGUACACUGCCACAGUUCUCGAUCUCCCCAUGGAUUUGUCUAUAGCCCAAAUUGUUUGCAGUGAGGGUACUAUACAUAUUCUCACGACGAAAGGUGAGCUGUUUGCCAUAAAUGCCACUUCGGCAAGUGAAACGGUCAAUCCGCAACUUGUUGAGGGCUUUGGCACGGUGCCAGUGAUGAAAGUGGCAUCUCACUGCGAAGGAUGUCACUAUUUGGCACUCAAUGCUGAGCAGCAAGUGUUUUCAUGGGGCAGCGGAGAGGGUGGUCGUCUGGGGCAUGGUGAUAGUCAACCGAGAGAGAAUCCCACACGUAUUUCUUACUUCUCAGAUCGGCCCAUUGUGAGUAUUUAUGCUGGUACGACAUACAGUGCAGCAAUUGGGGCCAAUGGGGAAUUGUAUACAUGGGGAAGGGGCACAUAUCGACGUCUGGGGCAUGAGACGUCCGAUGACAAGAUGAUUCCUACCAUUGUUAAUUGUCUAAGUGGACAGAGGAUUAGGGAUGUGGCAUUGGGAACAGGUGAUGCCCAUACAUUGUGUGUUACUGAUAUUGGAGCAGUUUAUGCUUGGGGAGAUGGUGAUUAUGGGAAAUUGGGUACAGGAUCAAGCAAUGAUUGUCCAACGCCAACUCUGAUUGAGACUCUGAAUAAAGUGACACGAGUCUAUUCCGGAGCUCAAUUCAGUGUAGCCCUGACGGAAGAUGGAAAUGUUUAUACGUGGGGCAAUGGGAAUGGUGGUAGACUUGGUCAUGGUCCAGGAGCCAAUCACAGCAAUAUCCCGCGUUUGGUUGAGGGACUUCAGGGACGUGGAAUUGUGGAUAUUGCCGUAGGAUCUGCUCAUUGUCUUGCUCUGACGGCAUCAGGAGAACUUUUUGGCUGGGGCAGGAAUGACUAUCAACAGGUGUGUCCAUCAUCAAUUUGUCGUGAUCCUAUAAUUGCAGCACCUAUUCUCACAACUCCCGCCACAAUGAGACUGUCAGGGAUGGCAUGUGGUGCAGCGUACAGUAUUGUGUGGUGUCACUCUUCAAUGCUAGGCCUUCCAAUGCGAAUACCCUUCGUGGUGGACUUGGCUGAGCAUACUUUUCGCCUUCUGGAUCAACUCCUGGGCAUUGUGAUGGGAGCAGCGACAUCCAGUGAAUUUCGAUACCCACCGAAUCAAGAGUCUGAAUGUAUUGCUGUGGCGUGUCUCAAUCUGCUGCGCCUUCAGCUCAAUGCUGUGAUUGUCAAUAAUGUGUCACCGAAGAGUGUUGGCCUAGGAGAGGGUUCACGACUCCUGGGUAGUCUCAAGACACGCAUUCUCAGUCUAGCUGGAGGUCCUGUGAUACUCAAAACUAUUCAAGAUUCAGCUCAAUCAACUCUGCAAAUUGGAUGGAGUGUCUUGUUGCCAACAGCAUCAGAACGUGCUCAGACACUCACAUCACUCCUGCCCAGUGGAGUGGACAAUAAUAUCUCAACGGCAGGACAUCGUUUCAUGACGGAUCUCCUUGUGGGAUCUCUAAUGGCUGAGGGUGGACUACAGACAGCUCUCAAUCAAGUUAUCAAUUGUGAGCCAGAAGAUACGUCCAAUAGUCACAAUUUGCCCCUUUUGCAUUUGAUCAAACAAUUGCUAAGGAAUAAUUCGGCUCUCACUCAAGCGAGACUCAAUCAACUCCUCAUUGGGCAGUACUCAAAGACAACAGAAGAGAAUCUCAUUUCCUUCACUGAACAACCAUCGCCAAGCUUGGAUCUCUUGCAUCGCUUCCAGAGGUUACUUCUUUCGAGGAUUCACAGAUCGAAGCUUGAGGAUAUUCAAGGGGCAGAGGGACUUCUUGCAAAGUAUCUCUACAAUGUGGUCAAGUUCUCCAUGGCAACAAUUCACAAGGCUUACGAAGUGUCCCUGCAGAAAACUGAUGGAGUUGCCGAGGUGCUAAAAUCUGACAUUUCUGACACUCUUCUGUAUGAGCUAAUCAUUGGCUUAGUCCUGAUUCACAAGGAUUGCCCUCUACAGCUGACAUUUGAGUGGACUAAGGUGUUUACACCUCUCCUCAGUGCUUUGGACAAUUUGAAUCGUGUGAUAUGUGAGAAUGAGAUUCAGGAUGCUGAUGAUAUGGGUUGGCCAGCAAUUCUCUGUCGUGGUGCUCAGAAACAGCCUUCAGUGCCAGCUCCUGAAGAGUCAAAUGUUAUUCGCAAGACUGAUCUUGAGAAUCACAAUCUCUCUGGUGGACAGUGGAUUGUAAUCAAUGGAUAUGUGUACAAUAUUGAAGGAUAUGAGUGUGAAAAUUCAAAUACAAAUGAUCUUUUGAGGCAAAAUGUGGGCAAAGAUUUGAGUAGUGAGAUGAAUUUGGUGCAACAUAGAAGUGCCUUGGAGCACAUCACAGCCCAUUUGAGGGUUGGAAAGUAUGGUUUAAGUGAUUGUGAUGAGAAAGUGCCACAAUAUCGUGUUCCGUAUGUUACACACUUCAAUACUCAGCGUACAUUGGCUUAUUUGCUGGGUUUGCGGAGUGGUUUGCUGCAACUAGGAAUACCACAGCAACCGGCAGAGAUACACUGCAAAGCACUCCUCAAUAGUGCAAUUUUGAGUGGAGGUCUUCAGGUGCUACAGCCGGCAAAUCCUUUUGAUGAGGAAAAAGGUGAAGCUAGGAGUAGUGCUUCAACAGCUGGAAGUACUCCAACUGAAUCUUCCAAUCAGAUGCCCAUUCAGGAGAUGCCACAACUCAAUUGCUGGCCACUUUCGCGUAUCAACCAGAGAGUUGAUUCUCUGUUGACUGGACUAGGAGAAUCUCGUAUGACAGAUCCUCUGGUAUCAACUUGGAUAACAAUUUCCGAGAGAUACUGCAAAGAAAAUAAUCUCAUAUGGCAUCAAGACUAUCCACCUGAGCAUCCAAUUCAGGAGUUUGAGCGUCUGUUAACAGCAGUGCUCUUUAGACAUCAAAGUCUAGGACCUCUUGUCCUAGCCAUUGUUGACUGUGAACUCAGUGGUGUUACUUUGACGGGAAAACCGCCCAAGCCGGUAGCAGAUAUCAUAAAGAUUGUCAAUCAGACAAAAUGGGCUCUUAUAAGAACACGACAGCAACUCAAUCGAAGUUACAAAGAAGUCUGUGCACCAAUUCUCGAUAAAUGUCGUUUUCUUCUUUAUGAAGUGCGACCAGCUGUGAGUACAGAACAAUCGGCUCUCAGUCGACUGUGCAUCCUGUACAAACAGCCAAGAUUCAGGAGUGUUGUCCAUCGGAUCAUUAAUGAGAUGAGAAGUGCCAAGAAGCAACUUGAAUGUGCAAAACCAGAAGAUAUUCUCAAUGUAACCAUUCAGAGUCAGAAUACAGCUAUUAAAAUCAGUACACCAGAGAAUGUUGAGAAGGGUAGUACGGAAAAUCUUGAUGCAACACUGACACCAGAAAAUAGGAAUGUAUCCAAUGAGAAUCUAGUGGAUGUGACGGAAGAUUUGAGAUCUGAGAAAAAGACUUCGAAUGUUGAUGAGGCAAAAACUCCCACGAAUGAGAACAUUACAAAUUUUAUGAGGCGCAAAGAGGAUUGUGAAUCAGCUGAGCAGUUUAUCAGUAAUGUGAUUGCAAAGUUGAGUGAAAAGAGUAUCCAAAAUGCCAAGGCAAAUCCUGCCAGUGAGAAUGUGGUGAGUCAAAUUGUGGAAUUUGUCACUCAAGAUAUUUGUGAUGUGGAAACCUUGAGGAGGGCAAUGUUUUGUCAAGUGCAGCGAUAUCAAGUGCGGAAACAGGGCCUUGAAAUGUUCAGUGAGAUUCUCAAGCAUACUGAACUUCUCGAUUCGGUUCAGUAUAAUAUGCUGAAUGGGUAUUUGGGAUUGUUUCUCAGUAAACCGGAACAAGUAUUUUUUGGCAAUGUUCUCGAUGAUCUCAAUUUGAUUACGGCCUACCAGAAAGCUGAUCUAAUACUAACGAAUGCGAAAAUCAUGGAAUGGGCAAUUGGAGAGAUUCAGAAGUUUGUGAGUCAGGAACAAAUCUAUGGGAAGCAGAAGCAUCAUGGUGAUAAAGACAAUUCAAAUCUUGGAACUUAUGUCUUUCUCAAGAAACUCUCAAGAGCGAGAUUUCUGUUGAGUGUCUUUGGGAUUAUGGCCAAAGACUUGGGAUCCAAUGAAUUGAGUUUUCUCAUCAAUUCCGGCAUUUUGGGAUGUAUUUUGGGACUUCUACGGCAAAUGGGCGGAGAUGUUACAACAACAAGAGGUGGAGCGGAAUUGAGUGUUGUGUAUGAAGAUACAAUUCUCAAGCAAAAGACAUCCAGGGCUAAUCUAACGGGGCCUGAGAUGGCUAAACUCAUGAAGAUUGGUACGAGAAUUGUUCGUGGAGCUGACUGGAAGUGGGGAGAUCAGGAUGGACCGACACCGGGUGAAGGGAGAAUCAUCAGUGAACUCGGAGAAGAUGGAUGGGUGAGAGUUGAAUGGGACACUGGAGCUACAAAUAGCUAUCGGAUGGGAAAAGAGGGUCAGUAUGAUCUACGUCUAGCAGACAGUUUGUCCAAUAUUGUGUCACCAGACUCUGAUUCGGAGAAGGAAGAUCUUCUCAAUGAAAUCAUCUUGAGCGGUGAUUCUCAUCCGACAAAACUCCUUCGUCACAGUUGUCUCAAGAUGCUGCAAAUCUUCUCUGUGGGCGUUGGUCAACAUGGUGAUAGAAUGCAAAAAAGUGCAGUUUUUGGUUUAGCUUCGAUGUUUCGUGCUGUCUUGUCCACCAAAACUGGCUUUCAGAAUCUUGGUUUUGAGCACUGGACAACCCUGGGAUUCCUUCGGGCAAUCUCAUCGUCCAAGGAAUUGGCUCAGUAUCUAACAUCUGAACCAUGGUUGAACUUCCACAUUGAGAUUCUUGAUUCACCAAAUGAAAGAGAAACAGAUAUCUACAGGAAAAUUCAGAGUCUUCGCCUACUUCAAGCAACUCUUGUCAACUGGACGACAAGUCAUCAGGAUAGAAUGAUGACGCUCAUUGAAAAGCUCUUCAAUUGCUUAGGACGGACAAUUGUCUUGUGUUCCAAUGACAAUUCACUCAUUCAAAAUCCAUCAGAUCUCAAAUCUCGAGUUCUUGUCUCUUCAUCCUAUUCAGGAACCAUUGCCGAAGAGAUUAUUCUUCUGUUGCGGAAGCUGCAUACAGUUCCAGCAUGGAAUGGUACAAUAAAUGAAUUCCUUUCGGAGAAACUGUGCAUUGCUGCAGAUUUGUUCACACAAGACAACUCCGAAGAGGAUAUUGACGAUGAGAAAAUUCACAUUGUAGGUGCUCUGAGUCUGAUUGGUGGGUAUGAUCCUCGUCCAAGACUUGGAUCGCAUGUAAAUGUAGAUGGGAGUUUGGCAACAAUCACCAGAUUUACCAGUAAGGGGAAAGCUGUAGUUUCUAUGCAUUCAAGUGGGGAGAUUAAGAAAUUAUCUCUGUCAUCGGUGAAGGAUGCACUCGAAGUGAUGUCAUUCAAUCUCUCCCGAUUGCCAGCCCAUGAGAUGCUGGUGAAUUCCUGGGCAAUGCUACUCUAUGGUCCUGGUGAGAGGAGAUAUACGGCUAGUGGGAAAAUUGAUAUAAAUCUACUGAGGUCCCAACAAGUUCAACUGGCAAGUCUGUGUGCAACAAGUGUCUUGUUCAAGCAUCAGUGUACUCUGAGGAAGAUUCUUAAACAGAGAACUUGUGCUUUGAGUCGAUGUUCCUCAGAUGACAGCCUCAGUGAUGAUGGAAAUGAUCAGAAUUCCAGUGAAGAACAACUAGAGGCUGAAGAUAAGCCCGAAGAUGAACUCCUCAUACAAAAUAUACUAAUACGAGCCACUCAACCAAGUCCAGUAAAAGCCUGCUACAGCUACAAUGAACUCUAUCUGGCGGCUUUGAGCAUAUCUCAAAUGCUAGCCAGCAACAUUCAUGCACAGAUGACGGGAUCGAGUAUUUUGAGGAAUUUUCCACCACCUGUUCAAACUACUCUCAUCCAUGGAGUUCCUUUGUACAAUGAUACAGCAAUUGAAGAUAAUUCAAUUGCCAGAAGGAAUCCUCCAUCGGCUCUGGUGCAGCAAAUCAUGGAGAUGGGACUAUCUAGGAGAUCUAUAGAAUUUGCAUUGAGUCAAUUGACUGCAAAAUCUGAUGUUCCACCAACUGCUGAUCAAGUAGUUCUAUGGCUCUUUGAGCAUGAUGCGGCAAUGAAUGCGUCAGGAGCAGAGGGAGCCACUUCAAUGGACUACUUAGCUGUUAAUAAUGAAUCUGAUACAGAAAGUGCAGUUUCCGAUACACAAGAUUGGUCAUCAACAACUCAAGAUCCACCGACAAAAUAUGCCCUUAGAGAAGAUUUCAAGACAGUAGAUCAAUAUGCUAUCUAUGUCCGUGGGAAUGUUUGCCCAGGCAUGACGGUACGAUGUAUCAGAGAUUUUGAAGAGAUUCGCGUUGGAGAUAUUGGAACGGUACUCAAAGUUGACACAGAAGGUCUUCAUGAUCUCAAUGUUCAAGUAGAUUGGAUGAUGCAUGGGAGUACGUAUUGGAUGUGUUUUCUGCAUUUGGAACUUAUGGCACCAGCACCACCUAAAGAGACACAAACUCCUGCCCAAGGAACUCCAUCAACACCCCAACAGAUCACCAUUGGAACGAAUGUGUGCCUCAAAAGAUCCAUCUCAGUGUCAUUUGCAAGGACCAAGACUAAAGUUCUGCCCAAGGGAACAGUUGGAACUGUAUGGGCAAUCAAUGGACGUGAAGUCAGUGUGGAAUUUCCGGGAAAUUUCCAAUGGACAGGUCUCGUGGGUGAUCUAGAGAUCACUCAAGCAGAACCCAGUCAACAUAGCUUCAUUGGAGGCAAUGAAGAUGAAUUGACUGAUGACUGGAGUAAAUGCAUUAAAUCCCUCACUGUUUCGUCAAAUGAGACUACAGCUAAGCAUCUUCUGGAUAAAUCAACCAAUUGCUGGCAGAGUACUGGAGUUCAAGGAGGAAAACACUGGAUUCGAUUGGAGAUGCAUGAUAAAAUGUUGAUUCAUUCUCUUUCGAUUACUGUCAGUUCAGCUGAUCAUUCCCACAUGCCAUCCCUCGUAGUGGUUCGCGUAGGUGACACUGUGGCUAAUCUGAAAGAUUUGAGUUGGGUCAGUGUCAAAAUAACAGACACCGUUGUUCCCCUUUUAACUGGACUCAAGCAAUUCUACCCUUUCAUUGAGAUUGUCAUCAAGCAAUGUCGCAACAAUGGAAUUCAAUGCAAAGUCCAUUCAAUCAAUAUCAUUGGGCAAAAGCAGCAAACUGACCUCGAUUUGAUGCUCCUCAAUGCAUCUUUUCUGGCAUCGGAAUAUGAUGUUGUGACCACAGAGAAUAGUUCAAAUUCCCUGGUGAGUCCGCCUGAAGAUAAAAACUGUCGUGAUCAGUUCCAAUGCAAAGUACUAGUUUGGGGACUAAAUGACAAAGAGCAAUUGGGUGGACUUAAAGGAUCUAAGGUCAAAGUACCUACAUUCUCACCGGCACUCAGUCAACUCAAUCCCAUUCAUAUUUCCGGCGGAUCUAAGUCACUCUUUGUAGUGUCUCAAGACGGGAAGGUGUAUGCUUGCGGUGAGGGUACUAAUGGACGCCUAGGAUUGGGUCACAAUUGCAAUGUUUCAACACCACGACAAAUACCUGUUCUCAGUCAGUAUGUCGUGAAGAAGGUGGCAGUUCAUUCGGGAGGGAAGCAUGCCUUGGCCCUAACUCUCGAUGGCAAGGUCUUCUCAUUUGGCGAAGGUGAAGACGGUAAGCUAGGACAUGGAAAUCGUAUGACCCUGGAUAAGCCAAAACUAAUUGAAGCACUGAGAUCAAAAAGAAUCCGUGACGUUGCAUGUGGAUCAAGUCAUAGUGCUGCUAUUACAAGUUCAGGAGAACUCUAUACUUGGGGAUUGGGUGAAUAUGGUCGACUUGGUCAUGGAGACAACAGCACGCAGUUGAAGCCUAAGCUAGUAACAGCUUUGCUGGGACAUCGAAUUGUGCAGGUGGCAUGUGGAAGUCGAGAUGCUCAGACCCUAGCUUUGACCGAGGAAGGUCUGGUGUUUUCAUGGGGUGAUGGCGACUUUGGCAAGCUAGGGCGUGGCGGAUCAGAAGGAUGUUCAGUACCCCAGCAAAUUGAACGUCUCAAUGGAGUUGGAGUGAUUCAGAUUGAAUGCGGAGCGCAGUUUAGUCUCGCACUGACGGCCAAUGGUGAGGUCUGGACCUGGGGUAAGGGUGACUACUUCCGCUUAGGUCACGGAUCAGAUCAACAUGUGCGCAAACCAACACCAAUUCAAGGUUUGCGUGGAAAGAAGGUGAUUCAUGUGGCUGUUGGAGCUCUGCAUUGCCUCGCUGUAACGGAGACAGGUCAGGUGUUUGCCUGGGGCGACAAUGACCAUGGUCAGCAAGGAUCCGGAAAUACCACAGUUAAUAAGAAACCCUAUUCUGUCGUUGGGCUAGAAGGUGUCUUUGUCAACCGUGUAGCCUGUGGAAGUUCCCACUCAGUAGCAUGGUGCCUGCCACAGAGUCCAGCUGAAGAGGAUAAGAAAGAACCCAUUGCUUUUGGGGUCAACAAAGAUCCUCUAGGCAGCAAUAGCCUAGGCAUUUAUGAUUCAGAGACACAACUAUCCAAUUCGACAACUUCGAAAACGCCAACGAGAAAAUCUCUCUCUGAAAUUGUCUUGUCGAUUGAAAGCCUUGGUGCACGUCAAAUAGCUCUCAACUACAUUCUCAACUCAAUGAGUAUUCUCCAAGCAAGACAGGCUAUUGUCGCUGCUCUGACCAGUCACAGCCAAGCUAAUAUGGUUAAUACAGAAAAAUCCCUUGUGGAGAGCUGUGAAGAGGCUUCGAAGGAGAUUGUAGAACCACCACCUAUUCCCACAACCAUACAGGAAAAUAUCCUUGAUCAUGAAACAAUAGCCCAUGGAGGAGGAGAAGCUCCUGCAGAAAUGGCUACUGCACCAGACGUUUCACCUGAUACAGACCUAAUGCUGGCUAAUUUGAAUCUCCAGAGUGGUCCACUGAGUGCCUUUCAAACGCUCACAGGAUCAAUGUCUCAAUCUGGAUCCAUUUCUAGUUGCAAUGCUACUCAGAAACACUCAAAAAUGUCCGCCAGCGCUAUGUCUGUGAUGGCAGCAACAAUGACUCAUCAAGAUGAGAUGGUUCAUGAAACCAAUACCCUCGAACUGGAUGAUAUAACGUGCCUUCUGGGUGAACCUGAAGCCAAGAGUUUGGUGGAAUUGCUUAAAUUGAGUGUUGCCGGUCGAUGUGGGGGUGCCAAUACAUCAGAAACCAUUGCAAGUACUCUCAUUACUCUGGGAGCCAAUAGUCCAGUUGUUGGAUCAAUGCUCCUUGAGACAUGUAUCACAGAAUUAGAGGAUCUCUGUACCUCACGGCAUUGCUUGGGAAAGAUCCCAAAGCCAGUGGUUCAGGAGACAUGUCAUCCAUACAUUGAUGAUGUUACCCUGGUGGGACAUGUAAAAAUUCCAGGUGCUGAAGCACUUAGAAUUGAAUUUGAUACUCAGUGUUCGACUGAAAAGAGAAAUGAUCCUCUUGUGAUUAUGGAUGGGGUAUGUAGGGUUGUUGCUACGCGAUCUGGUAGAGAAUAUGCUCAGUGGGCACCAGAAAUUCGUAUACCAGGUGAUGAGAUGCGAUGGAAAUUUAUCAGUGAUAGUUCGGUGAAUGGAUGGGGAUGGAGAUUUUGGGUGCAUGCUAUUAUGCCAUCGUCUGUACUGCAGGAAUUGUGUUCGGAUAGGGCUGUUUUGUCACAGCCUUCGAUGGAUCUUGUGAUGGCUUUGUUGGAUUCAAGGCUAUGUGUUCAGAUUUCUGGAGUUUUUCUGAGGUUGACAGCAGCUCUGGCGUCAUGUGCUCAACUUAGUACUCUGACGUGUGUCCAACGGAUUUGGGCAUUGAAGAAACUCCAUGAAGUGUUGACGUCCAAAUCGGCACCUAAAGGAUGUCAUGAAGCCACAAUUGGUGGAAUACUGACGCCUCUUAUUCCAGGACUUUUGCGUCAGUAUGAGUAUGAGGAGCCACAGGUUAGAGGUGGAAUUCAUCUGAUGCACUCGGAAUACUUUAAAACUCUGGCUGAGUUGGCGUGUGAUAUGCAAUUGGAUUGUUCACUGCCUCAGGGAGAUUCUCAUAAGUGGUCUUGGUUCAGACGGUAUUGUACAGCUGUGCGAGUUGCUCAGUCGCUCAUACGACGAUCAGCACUGCCACAGCAAUUUUGUCUGGAGAUUCGAAAGAAAUUGGCCGAAAUGAAUCCCAAUCCUCCGAGUGGGACGUCAACUUCUCUGUUGUCUGUCAGUUCAGCUAGUAGUCUUUCGGGUAGUGUCAAUAUUCAGUAUAUAGAUUCUGUGUCACCUACACCUCCGCCUGCAUCACUGGAGAUUGAGAAGAGCCUAUCAAUGGGCUGUGAACACCAUCUUCAUGAAGAUCAUGGGGUUUUUAAGCCACAGCAUGAUAGUCAGUUGCUUCAGUGGCUCAAUAGACGCCCUGAGGAUUGGGCGUUGUCUUGGGGAGGAGCUAGUACCAUCUAUGGUUGGGGACACAAUCACCGUGGUCAGUUAGGUGGUCUAGAAGGUGGUAGGAUUAAGACACCGACUCCCUGUGAGGCCCUUAGUCUGCUUCGUCCUGUGCAACUUGCCGGCGGAGAACAGACUCUAUACGCCGUCACGGCCGAUGGGAAGCUGUUUGCAACGGGAUAUGGGGCUGGCGGACGACUGGGUAUUGGAGGAUUGGAAUCUGCAACAACGCCAACGCUUGUAGAAUCACUGCAGCAUGUCUUCGUGAAGAAGGUGGCAGUGAAUUCUGGCGGGAAACACUGCCUAGCUCUUACAUCGGACGGUGAGGUGUAUUCCUGGGGAGAGGGUGAAGAUGGUAAGCUCGGGCAUGGAAAUCGCCUAAGUUAUGACCGUCCGAAGUUGAUUGAGGCGUUGUCGGGCGUUGGAGUGGUUGAUAUUGCUUGCGGAAGUGCACAUUCAGCAUGUAUCACAUCUCAAGGAUUGGUCCUGACAUGGGGUAAGGGUCGCUAUGGUCGCCUCGGUUUGGGUGAUUCAGAAGAUCAGACCCGACCAAAAAUGGUUGAAGCCCUCCUGGGUUACCGCGCCAUUGACAUUGCCUGUGGUUCAGGUGAUGCCCAAACCCUAUGUAUCACCGAUGAUGACAAUGUUUGGAGCUGGGGUGAUGGUGAUUAUGGGAAACUAGGAAGAGGUGGUAGCGAUGGAUGCAAGAUACCCACGAAGAUUGAGAGUCUUGCAGGAUUGGGAGUUGUCAAGGUGGAAUGUGGAUCACAGUUUUCCGUAGCUCUGACGAGAUCUGGAGCAGUGUAUACAUGGGGAAAGGGUGACUAUCAUCGUUUGGGACAUGGAUCUGUGGAUCAUGUGAGGCGACCCAAGAAAAUUGCCACACUCCAAGGCAAGAAGAUCAUUUCGAUAGCAACGGGAUCUCUGCAUUGUGUAGCUUGCAGUGAUCAGGGAGAAGUUUUUACCUGGGGUGACAAUGACGAGGGACAAUUGGGCGAUGGGACUGUGAGUGCAAUCCCUCGUCCCAGACUCGUAACAGCCCUCCAGGGAAAGCAUAUUGUGAAGGUGACUUGUGGUUCUGCUCAUACGUUAGCUCUCUCAACAUCGCAACUCAACGAAGGAUGUCGUCCACCACCACUGCCACCACUAGAGUAUGAUCUCUGUCGUGAUCUCCCACCGGAUGCCCUUCAUGCACGUCUUGUGCUCCUGCACCAUUUCUCCGAGCUCAUCUGUCCCUGCCUGGCCAUGCUGCCUAUCAGUGGUGAACUAUCAUUGAGUAGUCUCAAGGAUCUUCUUGUCUAUAGCAUCAAGGAGGCAGCCUUCAGAAAAGUCAUUCAGACCACUAUGGUCAGGGACAAACAACAUGGUCCAGUGAUCGAACUCAAUCGUAUUCAAGUGAAAAGGUCCCGUAUGAAGUCAGGCGGAGGAUUAGCCGGAGUGGAUGGUAUGAAGAGUGUCUUUGGGCAGAUGGUGCAUAAACUUCCGCUACUCACACAAGAAGCCCUAUCACUGCCUCAUCGAGUGUGGAAGGUCAAAUUUGUAGGGGAGAGUGUUGAUGAUUGCGGUGGAGGAUACAGUGAAUCAAUAGCAGAGAUGUGCGAUGAAUUACAAAAUGGAAGUGUUCCAUUGCUCAUCCAGACGCCCAAUGGACGUGGUGAAGCAGGAGCCAAUCGCGAUUGCUUCCUUCUUGAUCCAACCCUUACCACGGUCCUUCAGAUGAACAUGUUCCGUUUCCUAGGCGUUCUCAUGGGUAUCGCUGUGAGAACUGGUUCUCCAUUGAGCUUAAAUCUUGCUGAGCCAGUUUGGAGACAAUUGUCUGGAGAGGUACUGCGUCCAGCGGACUUGACAGAGAUUGACCGGGAUUAUGUGGCGGGAUUGCUGUGUAUCCGAGAUAUGGAUGAUGAUCCCAAGGUCUUUGACACUCUUGAACUACCAUUUGCAACUCCCUCGGCGAAGGGGCACGAGAUCUCCCUAUCAACCAGAUUCACAAAGAUCACACCACAGAAUCGUCAUGAGUACAUCAAAUUGGCUCUCAAUUAUCGUCUUCAUGAAUUCGAUGAACAAGUGAAGGCAGUUCGUGAUGGGAUGUCUAAGGUUAUUCCCGUUCCUCUACUCUCACUAUUCUCUGCCUCUGAGCUCCAAGCAAUGGUCUGUGGUAGUCCAGAUAUUCCGUUGGGUCUGUUGAAGUCUGUGGCAUCGUACAAGGGUGUGGAACCUACGUCGAAUCUUGUGACGUGGUUCUGGGAAGUGAUGGAAGAGUUUAGUAAUCAGGAAAGAUCGCUCUUUUUGAGAUUUGUUUGGGGACGAACGCGUCUUCCGAGGACUAUUGCUGAUUUUCGUGGGAGGGAUUUUGUGCUGCAGGUGCUGGAUAAGUACAAUCCUCCGGAUCAUUUUCUCCCAGAGAGCUAUACUUGCUUCUUCCUACUGAAAAUGCCACGAUAUACAUGCAAGGCUGUUUUGCAGGAGAAAUUGAAAUAUGCAAUUCACUUCUGCAAGAGUAUCGAUUCGGAUGAAUAUGCACGGGUGGCUAUUGGAGAACCAACGGAAACGACUGGCAGUGAGGAUAGUGAUAUUGAAUCUGUGACAAGUCACAAUUUUUUCAACUAAACUAAACUUCCUAAUAGAUAGCCCACAAUCCUCAAAAUGACUAAAUUUUUGAACUAGAAAUUUCUAGUCUUGUGUGAUCAAUCUUUGUGUAGUGAGAUGAUCUUAACUGUAUUUUGUCCUUCCUCCUCUUUUCUCUCUACUUCCCGUAGAUAAAAAGUGAGGCCAAGAUUUUCCUCAAUAUUUUUUUUGUCUAAUUGUAUUGUCUCAACUGGACUAUGAUCCACAUUGUGUAGUUUAUGCAAAGAACCUCCCCAUAAAAGUGGUAACAUUCCGAGUAGUUUAACAAAGGAAUUAGAAAACAACCCCCUUUUCAAUCUUUUAUUCACGGAAUGAUGUUGCAUUUUAAACUGGAGUUGUGUGAGUUCCUUAUGAAGGUGGAUUUUUUUUCUGAAAUCAAUCUUCAGACUUAAAAUUUAAAAAAAUAGGAAUAUAUUUUUUAAAGAGACUCCUUAAUUUAUUAAUUUUCUUAUAGGGAGCACAUUCUGCUAAAUAAUACCCAAAGCCACAUUUUUAUCCCAUAGAGAAUUUUAGAGGCAUAUUUAGCAAGCAAAAUUAUCGAAAUUAUUUGCCUCUUCGUAGCAGUGGCUGACAAAGAAAAUUUGAAAAAAAAGAAGAAUUUAAGAAAAAAAUAAUUUAGAGGAGCUUAAGAUGCAAAUAAAAAAAAAUAAUCAAAAGAAAAUGUCCAAGGGAUGAUGUAUUGAGAUUUGUGAGUGGUUUAUUGUCUAUUAACUAAAAUAAUAAUGCAAAAUUUGAUGUAUUUCAAUGGACGAACCAAGCAACAGAAGCACUUAGAAUUUACGCGAUACUAUGCAACAAACUAUUUUUCUUGUGAUUUUUUUUGUAAAUUCUAACAAAUAAACCCAAUAAAAAUAUUGAAAAAUAA